AUGGCCGAUACAUCUGUCGAACAGCCUCCCGUUGAUGAGCGAAGCCAUGCAUCGCAAGAGCCACCAAACACAUCUGAUGGCUCGGGCGUUAGUCCCCAAGCUCGCGAUGCUUAUUCCCCACCCACCGGAAUAGGUUAUACCGCAACUUCUGCGCUUCCAGAGCGAAUGCAGACUGAAUCGGGCUUUUACAAGACCUUCAUCGUUGAAGUUGUCAUUAACGGAGUCUAUGAUCAAGCUGGAAACUCCAACAAGAUCAAGAAGCCGAACUGGCCUCGGGGAAACUUCGAAUACUUGCACUCCCCACUCAGAGACGUCUUGGGAACUUUUGCCAGUACUUCAGUGUUCUACAACGAUACUGAAGACACCAGUGGUAGCACUUACAUUGACUCGCCAAGUCCCUUCGUCCACAAUGAUGGGCAGAGUACAUACUAUUGGUACGCCGGAACAGAUCAGAAUGCCUACUUGGCUUUCAACAUAAAGUCCCAUAAGUACAUCUUUGUCGAUCCAACUCUGCCUAUCAGAGCACUCUAUUUCCCCCAAAUCUUCCAGGAUCCCAGCUAUCCCGGGUUCAGCAGACUUGGGACCAUUCAGUUCCAUAAGUUCUCCGCACAAGGCUUGACCCUGAAGAACUACUGGGACAAUGAGCCUAUUCAUGUAGACAUCACCAACGGCCGGGGACUGGGCUACUUGGGAGCCGCUCUGUGCCUGAACGUUCAGUCACUAAUGGCCUCCUUGUGCAUCCCAGAGGAUAGAGUCGCCCGUCGUGCCGAUGGCACACAUAUCUGCUUUGACUCUAUCUGGCUUCUUCGAGAAGGAGCCUCGCUGAAUGCGGAAGACCACUCUGUUACUCAAUGGGAUACUGGAAACUUUCACAGAAAGGGCAACGAUUGGACGUCAAUAAAUGAGGGAAUUCGUUUCGUGUAUGCGCCUCUUGAUAAAUCUGCAUGGUCAACCUUUGUCAAACAGAUUGUCGGAGCAGGACUGGGUCUGAUUCCUAUUAUGGGUCCUCUCCUGGCACUUAACUGGGACAUCAUAUACUCGUAUUUGGACGACCCAGCAGGGUUUGCCGAGUAUGCUAAUAUUGGUAAAGAUUGGUUGGCUAUCUUGAAGCUACAGGCUGCGGAACUCAAGAAGGCAAUCAAGUAG